UAUCACUUUCCUCGAUCAGUGUGUGUGAGUAAUCUCAACAGCAAACAUGGCGACUAGCGGUGGAGCAGGAAAGGAACAUAUACGCCUCAGGGCGCAGCUGGCACCUACUAAGGCGACAGAAAACUCGCAGGAUCAUACAGUAUCGGAAAGAGAAAGUCAGAAAAGAGAUCCAGGUGAUGAAGGCAUCAUUGAGGAGCAGCUUCAGAACAUUCUUCCAGAGGUGGAAAGCAGUUCUUCAAGCCACACUUUGCAACGUUUAUUUUAUCAAAACAGGCUGGGAGAUGAGUUACUAUCAGGAGAAAAGGUACAGGGCAGAGAGGCUUUAUUUAAAACUCCUGCAGCUAUUUCUCUGGAAGAACAAAAGAAAGGAGAAGUCUAUCAGGAAUAUUUUCCAGUUUCAGGGAAUGCAUUAAUCUUCCCACAGUUUUGGAACAGGGUGCAGAAGGAGGUAUUAAUUGCUACCCUUAUAACAGAUUGACCAUGGAAAGGUGGAGCUGAUACUCAAGAAGAACACAUCAGCAGAAGUGUUGCUGCCUAUGCACAAACUGAGUCUUUGGUUUCAAGGGCAGCCACUUGGACUAAGCCAUGAUGCUGGAAGUGCAGAAUCUCCAUGUGAAGUCAGCAGAGACAGAUCAGGAGUUGAGCUGCCUGCAGAGUCUUCAGCUGGGAGAACUUUCUUUGAACUUUGUCACACAUGUCAAGGGUGUGGCACGAAAAACAAGACUGCUUUUCCUUUUGGUUCUGCUGACCUCAGAAACGUGUCAACAUUCAGUUCAUGUGUGCAUAAAAGUCCUCAAAGUAUCCCAGACUGGUCGUGCAGGAUUCAUCAGCCUUCUCAGGAGACAGUCAGCUGUGCAAAGCCAGCUGUUUGCACAUCAUCUAAUGAACCUGUUGCUGCCUUGCCUGUAGAGCAAGAAGGAUAUUUAGAGGCAGCAGAUGCAAGAAUGAUGAACCUUGAGGAAGAUGAAGUUAGUGGUGGUGAAGAUGACGAUGAAAGCAGUGGUGAAGAAUUACAGAGAGGUGGAGCAGAAGUAGACAUUGACAGGGAUGAUGAAGACAAUGGAGAAGAUGUCAUGAUUGUUGAUUUGAGAGCAGAGCGUCUGCAGAGGAUGUGCAUGCACUGCAGCCGACAUGCACGAGAAGUACAAGUUCUGCCUUGCAACCAUUACAAUCUUUGCCGGGCAUGCGUGCAGUGUUCAUAUUUUUGGCGUAGCCACUUUCAUUCUGAGGGGAAUGCUCCCUUUUGUUUACAGUGUAAUCAGCACAUUGAUGCCAUGGUUUAUCAGCCCUUGGUCUAUGGCCACAUGAGGAGAGUGUUACGCUGUAGGUGUGGUACCAUGAGACGUGGUGGAUAAUUUAAAAAUUGAAACUAUUACUUAAACAUGUCUACAGCUUUGUUUGACAUGAGUACUGAAUGUCUUAUUUCAUAAGAUUUAAAAAGAAAAAUACAUUUUGCCAAGCAAAAUGUUUCUUUUAAUUGUUUAAUGAUCAUAAUCAGUGGUAAUUUAGACAAGGCUUUGAACCCAUUUACUGAUAGCAGCAAGACCUUUUUUUUGGCAGCCUUUGGUGUAUGAAUUGGUUAUUAGGUACAAAAUUUAUAUUAUUGCACAGUACCUUUACCGAGGCAUGCAGAAAUGUAAAGCUGACAAUCAUACACCUUAGACCAGUGGUUCUCAAAGUAUUUUCGGACCGCGGACCACUUUACUUAGUAAAACAUAUGGCGGACCACCAAGGCCUAAAAAUCACUCUGUACUAUGAAUUUCAAAUUUAAAUUGCCGCAUUUG